GCUUUAGUAAGUCGCAGUCAACGCUUCGGAAAUGUUUCAAUUGCGGAUAGUUUUGCUUUUGUUUUGGCUGAGAUAUGUCUUGGCCGUAGACUUUUGUAAUAUGACGGAGUGCAAGGAAAAGCCGCAUUUGGGCUGCAACAAUGAUUUGACCUUUCAUAGAAGCUGCAUGCGUACGCAUGUGCUUGUCAAUAUGCAGAUAUAUGAGGACUAUCUGGUGAAGAUACACAAUAAAUAUCGGAAUGAUGUUGCCUCGGGUAUAAUUCGGGGUCUACCCAAGGCUCAACAAAUGCCGGAGUUGCUGUGGCACUCAAAACUUGCCCUGUUGGCCGAAUACCAUGUAAAACGCUGUCUCAAUAUGUUAACCAACUAUUGCGUGUCCCUCACGAAUUUCACCGAACCGGGGGUCAAUUAUGGAUUGAAUUGGCUAAAUGUUGAAUCGAAUAGCAAUUACCGUCCAAGAAUUAACUCAAAUAAGAUCACGCUGCAAGUAGAUCAAUGGAUGCAUCAGGUAUAUAGUCUGGCAAACCCAACACCGUACGAUGAAGAGGUUUAUGAGAUCAGAAAUAUACUGAACGAUAGAAACUUCUUCUUGGGCUGUGCGGCGGCUGAGGAUUAUGAUCGGCGUAACAGCCGCUUUGUGUUGAUCUGUUACUAUGGUGCGAAAUAUGAGUGGGGAACACCCGUCUAUCAGAAAGGCACUUUUCUACCAAUAAAUUGUCCUCGCAAUCGCAGCGAUAACUAUGCACAUUUGUGCAAGCCCUAUAAAGACAUCGAGGACUAGGGAAAUUAAUAAAUAAACUAUUUCGAGUAUUACAAUUUAACCAACCACACACAACCCUUUUGUCAUUUUGGUGUCUAAUUAAAUGUGACAACAGCUUGAGAAAUGAAAACAUUUGUGCUACAAUAUUUUCCAUUAAAAUUGCUUUGCACACACACAAAGAAUAAAAUGUGCGAGGUAAAAUGUAAAAUGUAAAAAAUAAAGUAACAAGCUGGCAAAGUUACUUCGAAGAAGUAUUUUCUAAAGCAAUUUGUUCGUCAUGAGCCAGAAAAGCGCUGCUCCUGCCACAAGGCACUCGACUACUUCUUUACAUUCGGAGGACCUGCGCAAAACUGACACG